GCGCGCUCUGCUGCAGCACAUCGGGGUGUGUGUGUGUGUGUGUCUGUAUAUGUGUGUGUGUGUGAGAGAGAGAGAGAGUGUAUAUGUGUGUAUCUGUGUGUGACAGAGAGAGUUAGAGAGAGAGAGUGUGUGUGUGUAUAUGCGUGUGUGUGUGAAAGAGGGAGAGAUAGAGAGAGUGUGUGUGUGUGUGUGUGUGUGUGCGCGCGCGCGCUCGGUGUAUGAGUGAUGCUGAUGCUGAUGUUUAGCUCCAGCAUGCAGCCGUAAUUCAUCCGCGCCGGGUUUCUUCAUCUACUGGGAGAGAGAGAGAGAGAGAGAGAGAGAGAGAGAGAGAGAGAGAAUAAAAGCUCGGCUCUGGGGUCUCGCUGUGUUCCGGAGGUUCUGUGGUGAAUAAAUCUCCUCACAUCACAGUCAUGAGAGCUCCGAGAUGCGCCCUGCUUCUGCUCCUGCUGCUCCAGUGCGCUUCCUCACUGCCCGUGUCACACACUCACCUGGAGCACGAGGACGUGAAGGUGAUUAAGUGUAUAGUGGAGGUGCUGGCUGAAGCACUGAGCAAACCUCACUCCCUCCCCGUGUCUCAGCAGUGUCUGGAAACCCUCAGGAGCGAUGACAGACUCGUGACCGUGCUGCGGCGCCGGAACUUCCUCCAGGAGCUGCAGGACAUCGCUGGAGAAGGAGCCAGUGAGAGAUCUGAGAAGGGAAUAGAGGAACGUCCUGACCACGCCCAAGACCUCCAGGACCCUGCAGAUCAGUCCAUGCUGAUGGCCGUCCUGACACCCAGAGAGACGGUGAAGGAGAGAAGAGCAGACGAGGAGAAGGAACAGGAGUCUCAGGAGAAUGACGUCAUCACCAGCCACGAGGAAAUGAACGAGGAAGAUGAGAAGGGAGAACAAGCGGUGAUGAAGAAAGCAGAAAACAGUGAGGAAGAUGAGGAAGAGGAAGAUGCAGAUGAGGCAGGAGGAGCUGGAGCUCCAGAACACAAACGAGUGGAGGAGGAGAGUCAGGAGGAGAGUCAGGAGGAGGAGCAGGACGAGUCUGUGGAGAAAAGUAGGGCAGGCGUGGGAAAGCAGAAACACUGGAGUCUUAGCAGAGAGCCGGUGCACCGCAGGGCUUACGGCCAGCAGGAGGCGCCGCACCACUCCAAGGAGGUGUGGAAGAGCCCUGAGGAGGAGGAGCUCCAGAUGAUGGCAGGAAGAGAACCUGAGGAGAGCAGAGACCCAGAGGAGGGCAGCGCCACCAAGAAGACUGAGGACGCUGAGAUGGAGAGUUUGGCUGUGAUGGAGAACGAGUUGGAGAACAUGGCUCAGAAACUGCACGAGCUGCGACAUGGCUGAAACACACCAGCGUUCCUCCUCACCUUCACCUCUUCUUCUGUCUGAAACGCACAGCGCUCCACAGUGUACGCACACGUACAGGACACGACCUGCUCCUGCUUCAGCUUCACCUCUGUCUCGCUCGCUUACUGAAGAACACAUCACAUUAAAACAACACGAGAAUAAAGCCGGAAUAAUCAUCACAAGCAUAAUCAUAAUAAUCAGUAAAGAGAAGGAGGAGUAAAUUCAUACACAGCCGCAUGUGUUCUUUCAAUAAUGCAAUAAUGUUUUUAAUGAAAUAGAAUUCAACUGUAAUUAUAGGUGGGAAUUAUUUUAGAAAAAUAAAUAUUGAGAGAGUUCUCAGUAAAGUGGAUUUGUUUCGAGUGA